AUGUUCAACUGGGCCAAGCAAACCUUAGCCAACGUCGUUGGCACGGAGGAGCCUAUAUACGGGCCCUCUGCCAUCCGAUCGGUCGCCGAAGAUGCAAAGACAACCCCUUACACCGAGCUCAAGCGGGACGACUUGAAGUGGGAGGUCAAGGACUCGACCUCCGUCGAGACCCAGAGUUUCUACUUCAUGUCGGAGAGCGGCCACAUCGGUCUUGCCCAGGUCAUCUAUAGUAACGUUGCCGGCAUCCGAACGACGGUCCAGUUCAACUCCAAGAUCAUCUACCCAGAUGGUUCGAAGCCCCACCUUUGGUGCUCUACCCCCCUGAACGAGCACUCCUUCAGUGACGACAAGCUGAACUUCCACGCCAAGGACUGCUCUGUAGAGCUGUCUGACGAUGGCAACACAUACACCAUCAAGUCCAUGACUGACCAGCGCUGCAUCGUCAACCUCAAGGUCACCAAGGCCGCGCCCGGCUUUGUCGCCGGAAAGGACGGAAAGACCUUGUACGGCACCGACCUGUCGAACCCGUGGGGAACUAUGAGACACGCAUUCUGGCCUCGUUGCGUCGCCGAAGGAAGCAUGAUGACCAAGGACGGACCUGUGGAUUUCAAAGGCCAGGCCUUGUUCAUUCACGCACUCCAGGGCAUGAAGCCGCAUCACGCUGCUGCCAAGUGGAACUUUGUCGACUUCCAGGGCCCAACCUACUCGGCUAUCCUGAUGCAGUACACGACACCACCGUCCUAUGGAACCUCGGUCAUCAGCGUAGGAGGCAUCGCCAAGGAUGGCGAGAUCAUUGUCGCCGGCACCGACUGCGACGCCGCGCACCUGAAGACCCAGCCCGACUCGGACAACGAGUGGCCAGAACCCAAGGAGGUAAAGUUCACUUGGACUGGAAAGACCAAGGAUGGCAAGGCGGUCGAAGCUGCCAUCGAGGGACCCUUUGAGAAGCGCAUCGACCGUGUUGACGUCAUGGCCGAGGUUCCCGCAUUCGUGAAGAAGAUCGUUGCUGGAGCUGCCGGCACGAAGCCCUACAUCUACCAGUUCGCUCCUACCGACUUUACCUUGAAGUUGAAGAUUGGUGACGAGACCAUCACCGAGAAGGGCAAGCUGUUCAGCGAAGCAACCUUCAUUUCAGGCACGGAAACCGCUGCCGCUCACUCUUAG